ACCUUUCGGGGGCGUCAACAUGAUCUUCAUGGGCGACUUCUUCCAGCUCCCACCGCCGGAGGGCGGCUUCAUUGCGGACGUUCCCCACAGCCUGAAGUCUGCCACCGGGGUCGACAAGAGCCCGGACCCUCUCGUCGAGGCCGGUCGCGACCUUUUCUGGCGCGGAGCGGUCCAAGGCGUCACCGAGCUGACGGAGACUCGACGGUGCUCCGACGAGUGGUGGAACGAGGUGGUGGAGCAAUUGCGACAGGGCCGCCUGUCGGACGAGAACCACAAGUACUUGCACGGCAUUCCCGUGGAAGGCUGCACCCUGUCGGAAGCAGAAAGGCAGUCGUGGUCCGUGGCCAAGGACGUGGCGGAGGCCAAAGCUCUUCAAGCCGAGGACUGCAGCAAGGAGGCCAAAAGGAAGUGGCUCCAGUACCACGACCGACACACGGGAGAUCUGUGCGGCCUGCUUCCCCUCGCCAUCGGCAUGCCGGUCGCCCUCACCGACCACGUGGACCGGUCCGACAAGUUCCUGCUUCGCGGGCGCUGCGGGCACGUGCAUUCCUGGGUGUGGCCCGAAAACGAGCAGCAGCCGGAGGUGGUGUACGUCAAAUUCCCGGACGUGACGUGGCAGCUCCCCGGCACGCCCGAGCCCGGCAUCUAUCCCCUGCGGCCCGUAACCGAAGCCUGGUUUCUCGACCGCGGGCGCGAAAACCCUGUCCUGAAAGUGAAACGAAAGCAGCUUCAGCUGACCCCGGCCUUCGCGAUUACGGCGCACAGCAGCCAGGGCAAGACGCUGGAUGCCACACUGCUCGACCUGAACGUGGACAAGAACGUCCACCAGACCCUGGGCACCGUGGCGGCGAGCCGCGUCCGCAGCCGUGAGGACGUGCUCAUUCUGCGGCCCUUCCCGCUCUGGCUGUUCCAACGCGGAUCGCCCGAAGGCCCCGAUCUGCUGCUGAAGACACUCCGCAAAGAGCCCGUCGAUUGGAAGGCCUGGCGCGAGAGCAAGAACCCCUUCGCCGCCUGCGGCAGUUGUGGCCACGUGAAAGAUUUCGCCAACUUCUCCUACGUCGAGUGGGGCAAAGUGUGCCUCCACUGCGAGAAGGGCGGCAAAACCAACGGCAAGCGCAAAAUCAGCGGAGACGCCGAGAUCUUCACCAAGCACGUUUGCGACGUCUGUGGUUGCAGCAAAAUGGCGGCGGCAUUCCCGGUGGCACAGCUGCGUCAAGAAGGACCGGAUGUCAAGAAGGUGUGCACGCAGUGUGCUCGCAAUCGGCGCACCCUGUCAUGCUCUAUCUGCGGAAAGACUAAGCCAUCGGACGCUUUCGAUGCCACAAUGUGCACCCUGCCGCACGGCUGCGCGGCAUGCACCGACUGUCAGCAGGAGCUGCAUCCAAAGGCGAAGCGCUUGCGAGGAG